AUGAGACCUUGCAUCCUUCGGAUCGUGCUCGUUGCUGGCCUCAUCCAUGGAGCCGUCUCUUCCUCGCUGAGAACUCGGGCUGGCUUUCCGCACACGCUGGGGCAUGGAGGGAGGCGGGACCUUGGAGGUCUCCUUGGCGGAUGGGAGCCGGAAGAGCCAGGCUAUCCCCAGCCUACGGAAAGCCGGCCUUCGACAAAGACGGAAGACGACCCGCUGAAUUUGGUGCCUCUGAUGUCGACAAGCAACAUACCCACGAACAAGGCGAAGGAGACAGCUUCGCAGACGAGUGCGACAACCACUGGUGUCGAAUCCCAAACAACGUCUACGUCUAGUGCAACGACACCGGCUUCUGAUGGUCCACCUGCAUCUGUGUCGCCAACCAAGGACGCGCAUGGCUCAGAAUUAUCUGCCGCGCCCGGUACUACAUCAACUUGGAAGAUUAUCGGUGUCGCUGUGAUCGCCUUCAGCGCAGUCGCGGCGGUUCUCAUUGCUGCUGUAUUUUUCGACCACUGGUGGCGAUUCGUCCGCGAUGUACUCGGCAAGCGUCGCGUCCCUGACGGGACAGAAGAGCUGAUACCGGACUGGGAGAAGGGCAGCUGGGAGGUCCGCUUUGGCGACGACAGGCAUCGGUACCCGUCAUUCACGUCAUUUCCGUCUGGGGCACCAGGGAAGAGCCAGCUGCAAAGGGAAGGUUCAAGGAAAGUCAAGGAGUGGACGGCAACCCGACGUCUGUCUGGCGGGGCCUCUGGUGCGGGCACAGUCUUGUCGGCAGCUGAGAAAACCAUCCUAUCGCCUGACUACCCUGCACAACCGGACAAGGUAUAUCUCGCUCCGGACCCACGGCCAACUUCCAGUAACGCAGAGCAGACGCCCGCGCUGUCGAAGGCUCCUAGUGUAAGGAGACACGUCGAAAACACCACUGCGCAACCCUCGGCACAUAUCAGAGUACAUGGAGGCAGUGAAAAUCCCUUCUCUGACAGGCCUGCAUCAGACGACGCGUAUGAUGGUAUUGACGGAAAGUGA